CAUGCGUCCUGUGACAAACGGGCGAGCUGUAGUAUGUUCUCGAUUUGACACUGGGCUCAUCUGAACCAUAUACCCUUUGUCAGAACGAGAAAUCCGAUUCGGUUUGGCCGAUAAGCGAAUUUCAUCGGAUUUGGAUUUGCUGUGCAGUCCGCCCCCUUUGCUUUCUGUGGCUGCAGUGUUCGAUUUUGGCUCACGCUGGCGCUUUUCCAUCUGGAUGGAGUUUACCUCUCGACGCAGGAAGCAGAAUUUGCGGAUAAAAUUUCCGAAGAGCUGGAAUGUCUCCUUUCACAAACCGUUCACAAUCCCAAAAGAGUGCUGUUGUUCCCACCGCUGCCAAGUCGUCUGCGUUACUUGAUCCAUCGGAUCGUGGAGAACUUUGACUCGCUGAGUAGCUUCUCUGUUGGAGAGGGAGAUGGGCGGAGAACAGCUGUGUGUCUGGCUGAAAUGAGAUUACAGUCUCUGGAUGGGAAUGAGAGCCAUGUGAAUAUGCCAUGGAAGAGCAAUGAUGAGGAAACGGUAAUACUUGGACCUCUCCAUGAUGGAGCUUCAAGAUACCACAACUUUGCUGCUGGCAACAGCAGAUCCAGGAAUAAGCCUGACAAAGCCAGGCAUGCUCAUUGCCAAAACAGAGUGGAGAAAAGAAGAGAUGUCAGAUUCAAUUAUAAAAGGGAUGGUAGAUACAGGAAGCCUGACAGCAGCGGGAGUAAGGAAGGAGGAGACCCAAGAAGAGGCAAGGAGGAGAAGGUCGAACUGUCUGGACAGGCUUUUGAAGAUGCCAAUAGAAAAAUGAUUGCUACAGAAGAAGGGAGGAAAUGCACAGUUUCAAAUCAGCAGUACGAAGCUGACAAUAGAACAGAUCCACCCACUGAAGACACGGCAAUUGGUCCAAUGUUGAAUGAUAAUGAUGAGCCAAAGGGAAAGCAAGGUACCGAUUCCAAAGCUGAAGCAACUCAAUCCUUUCAUGAGAAAAGAGCAGAGAAUGAUUUCCCAAGAUUGGAGAACGCUGUAGGUUUGUUGGAGGACGCCAAGGAUUCAGAUAAACCUCAGACAUCAAUGCAUACUGUAAAGACAUCAGAAGCCAUAGGUCCCAGCUUACGAGUGGACUCUAAUCUUCAGUGUGAAGACAAUACAGCCUUAAAUUGUGACCAGUCUGAGACAACUGUAGAUGCUUGUUCUGUAGAGAGCAAGCACAUGGAAGACAUACUGGAGAAACAGGAGACAAGUAGCAACAUUGACAAUGUGACUCAAUUACUAAAGUCUGGUGAUUUCAAGGCAGAGGAAGAGGCUGUAGUUGGAGUGAAGACUGAGGAUGUUGGGGAACAUUCUCGAAGUCCCAAUGAAGAUUUGCUUAAAGAGCUUUCAUCCUGCCUGGGGGAAAGCAGCAUCAGCAUUGAACAGCCUCAGUCUGACUAUUCCACUUACCUCUCAGGGGAAUCACAGACAUACGAUGUCGACUUUGGGCACAUCAUUGAAAUCUAUGACUUUCCUCCACAUGUGAAAACGGAAGACAUUCAGGAGGCUUUCGCAAACUUUCGUGAUAAAGGCUUCAGAGUAAAAUGGGUGGACAGUUCGCAUGCCUUGGGAAUAUUUUCAAGUCCAGAUUCAGCCUCUGAAGCCCUGUCCAUCAGCCACGAGCAGUUCAAAAUGCUGCCUUUGUCCCAAGCAACAAAACAAUCAAAAUUAAAGGUUUCCAGAUGUUCAGAAUUCUUGCAGCCAGUGAAAGAGAGGGCACAGGUCAAUACUGCCAUUGCCAAAAGGCUGGUCAGCAGGGCUCUCGGCUUCCAAACCACUGAACGCAGAAGGCGGCCAGAUCCCAAGUCCAAGAAACUGAAGGAAAAUAGAGUUCAACUGCACAAAGCUGAAGAUGACGCUAACAACAUACUGCAGAAUUCUGGUGCUGAGCAAACCUGAAGUACCAAGGCCCAGACAAACUCUGGUGUGAUGAAGAUUAUAUACAGAUGAUUCACACUAAAGAACUACUGUCCUUUUCAUAAAAAUAAAUAAGCUGUGCACUUUGAAGCAUGAUUAAAGUAACCUCCGAGGUGGAGGAUGUUGUG